AUGUCGUCCCGCAAACCCAGUCGAGUCGGUACGCCCUCCUCGGCGGAGACUGCCCCGGCUGCCCCCGUGUCACGAUCGUCGAGAAUCCCAACUGCGUCGAGCAUGAGAUCGGCAACUCCGAAAUCGCAGGCUUCCUUUAAAUAUACGCCGUCACUACCUAAGGGUAGUAGAUAUCCCGGCGCACCGGAACCUGAGACGAGGCAGCGUGAUAACAUUGGAACUAAUGUUACCAAGUCGAAGGGGCUAAGUCAACAUCUUGGGCUGCCUCGAGCUUUAGCCCCUGGGGCUUCGUCGUUACCUCACGUGGAACCGUUAUCAUCGUCAAAGAACACAUCAAUGACAUCUCGAACUUCCGCAAAAUCUCCGCGAAAUGUUUUGCGGAGAAAAGCCCCUUCCAUUGAAGGUGAACCUCUGAGUGACUCGACAAAGCGUUUCCCACCACCUCCUCCAGCGCGAACACCAGUGACCCCUGUUGAGACACCCCAGCCUGACAUGAAUAAAACUAUUGCUCCCGAACUUUUAGGACUAUCAGCAGGGGGCACAUUGAAUCUCCCUCCGCCAACACCCAACUUUACGAGCAGCCCUUCGACUAGAUAUUCAGAAUCGCCAGGGCUUUGGAGUAGCAGGACAUCAACCCCAACAUCGCUGUCAUCCUACUCACCUGGGCUCACUCAUUCCUCCAAAGUUGGUUCCCGUUUGAGACAACCCAGCCCAUCACUAUUUCGUUCCCACCCGCCGCGCUACCAUGUCUCCGGUGCAUCUUACCCAGGCGCAACGAAAGAUGUUCCGGUAUUUCCAAAAGGGCCCCAAAGAUCCCAGACGGAGCCGGUACGAGUGCCGGGGUCGAAGCUCCCAACGAAAACGCAGCUUGACCUUGAGAGUGCAAUAAAAUCCGAAACCCAACCGCGCUUACACCUGCAAACGCCACAUUCUGAUCCGAAAAGCCCUAGACAGGAAAUGACUUUUCAGCAAAAUGCUGCGGCCAACGAGAAGGAAGGUUUAAAUGUCGACCGUUCAACUAAGCUUCCUCAAAAGUUUCAAAGGAUUGAGGCUUUUCAGUAUUCGAAAACUGUGACUCCGCCCAAAUACCCGGCAAGGCCUAGUCGCACAGGUACUGAAACCCUAGAGCUACAAGCGUCGCCUGUGAUUCACAGCAAUCUUCCGUCUUCGAGAUUACCUGCACAUAGACGUCAAAGCUCCGCUGAAAGUGGCCACGUGAAUAAAUCUGCAGAAAAUCCAAUCCUCCGCAAUGUAUCGACUGACUCACUCCAAUCGAAAUCCUCUUCACGAAUUCCCCACCCAUCUCCAUCGCCCAGCAAAUUUGAGAAAAUUGAUUCUCAUCCGUCUUUUACAGCCUCUACCGGCCAGGUACUCUCUAGAAAGAAGUCAGUCCUUGUCAAGGAAUCGAAAGACCAGAAGGAGGACAGUGGAGCUAGGCGUUUCGGGUUUUUCUCCAAAAGAUCAAGAGCUUCCCCUGAACUAUCUCGGUCUGAACCCGUGGAUAAAACCCGUCGUGGACCAGCAGCCGGUACAGGACACGAAGGCUAUAGUAGAUAUGCCCAACGCGGAAGAAGGACCAGCAUUGGAAGUAAUGCCAGCCGUGCCAGAUCUACAAGUACCAAUGGAUCCACGGGCAAUGUUAGCAGGGGGCAUUCCGACCUGGAUGACUUUCUGCUAGAUCGUUUGGAACCGGUCAUUAUAACUGGUGGCGCAGGUGACGGCUCGAAGCUGAGUCGGACUUGCAGCGAACAAAGUGUUAGUGGCUUGAGCGUCACUUCAAGCUUGAGCUCCCAGAUCCCUUCACGGACGGCCAAAUUCUACAAUCAGUCAUCUGAGUCCCUGAUUUCGUCAGCCGGACGUUUUGUCCAUUCUCCGGAACCUAUGAGUGGCACAUCAACCGUAUCGCUCUCCAAAUCAAAGGGGGAAUUAAACCCAGCGCCUACAAUUGCCAAACGCCGUUCAUUUCGCAAACCCAAUUUGUUUACCAAAAGUAGCGGCAACGGGGCGCUCUCUAUAAACACAGACGUUCCAAGAUUGGCUCCUCCUGUGGAUAGUUCUACUACUUAUCGCACCUCUAUUUCCCAGUCCGAUGCAUCCACCAUGGCAAGAGAAGAUGAACCGAAGGACAUCCAAGAGUCCAAGAAGAAAAAAUCACAAAAGCUUGGGAAAUGGAAUUUUUUCCAGAGAAGCCACCAGCUACGUCGAAAAGAGCAUUUUACCGAGUCCGAUCUGGCGUCCAUCACGAAGGUUCCAGUCUCUGUUUCGAAAGUUCCAACAUCACGAACAGUGGCGCAUUACGCACUCGUUGACUGUGAUCCCAUUGAAUCGGACUCCCUUGAGGACAUCCUUAACCGUAUCGAGGAAUCACCGCCUACGGAAGCAGACAUCCAAGAGCCAUCAUCCGUAAUCGACCUCAAAAGGCAGCAAUCAGUUUUAUUGCCAGCCCCGCCUGUUGGUUUGGCUGAAUAUACAUUCGAACGGCGUCCUUCCUCACCCAAGGUGUUCUUUGGCAAAGAUACAUCUCCUAGUACACCCGAAUUAAAGCCCAGACCGUCUGGUUCAACACGUCUAAAAUCUGUGGGAAGAAUACCCGUUGUUGUGCCUAGAGAAAAUAGGCAACAUAAACCUCCACCACAGUCUUUCUCUCGGCCUUUUAGUCGAGCUGAUAUGCCGUCUAUCACAGCACUAUGUGACGGCGGUGUAUCGAGUCCUGAUUAUCCUGAUUGUUCUGCGGCUUUCUCUUCUUCGAACAAUAUUAGUUCUCGACCCUUGAUGACGGACAUGUUAGAGGCCCGUCCCGUCGCACCUGUUCCUGGAGCCGCCGAUUCCCAUUACUUCCCUACUGAUGAUCCUGAAUUUUUGGUCAUUUCCCCCAGAAAGGGAUCUGAUGUUUCUGGAUCUAGCAGCACCGAGAGUCGCAAGAGUCUCGGUGCCAUCACAGCUGUCGUGCCUGCUCCAGGCUCGAAACUAACUGAAGAUGAAAUUUGGUACGAGUACGACGACUUCAUCGACAAAGUGCUAACUCCACCCACUCAAGAAAUUGGCUUGUCGAAUCGAAACUCUUUUCAGUUGGCGGCACGGGCAAGCAGAGUGCUACAGGCGGGUUUGAAUGCGAUGGGAGAUAACACAAGGUUGUCAUGUCAAUCAGAGUGCUCUCAAGUGACCACGCCUAUGUCUUCGCUCCCAACGAACUCUGUACAUUUGAGCCGCUCCAUGAUACUUUCAGCACUGCAUUCAUCUUCAGCAGCUCUAUCCAGCCCUGUGUCUCUUAGCGAAUUAUAUUCGUAUUAUUCUGAACGCAGUCAAACGAUCCCGACUUCGGCAACUUUAGACACAAUGUCAUCGCUCGAAGUCCCCCAGAACCGUCAGGCCACACAUUACGAUGGAUCUCAAAGCAAGGAGCCCGAUCGUCAGAAGAACGCCACUCUUUUAGAUAUUGCGGAGCGCGAACGGCUUGGAGCUCUUGCGCAGGCAAACCUGCGCUCGGGGUCUCUAAUGACAAGCCGUUGGCUAUCCUUUGGCCGAGUUCUCUUCAGCCCAGCGCAAAACCACGUGCGAAGCGAAGAUCAAUCCCGCAUUCUUGUAAUCGAUGGCCUUGGUAACGACGAUUGGUCUUUCUACUGCGCUUUAACCUACCCAACAGCCACAAUCUACAAUCUCAGCAUUUUCCCGUCCGGAUCCACCAGCAGCAAUCCCGCAGCCUGGGAGCCCCCAGCGAACCACCGCUCUGUUCAUCAUGCCAUUUUUGAAAGUCCAUUUCCAUUUCCCAAGGGGUUCUUCACUGCUGCAAUUUUGCGCUUUCCGGCUGCUUGCUCUGAAAUCGGGUUAAGAAAUGCAGUUUCUGAAUGCAAACGAGUUCUUCGCACCGGUGGUUAUCUGGAGAUGACCAUACUGGACCUGGAUAUGGUGAACAUGGGAAGUCGAACUCGCAAAGCGGUUCGAAAACUCAAAGAACGCAUCUUCGCGACAGACCCCAGCAUCAGUCUGAAGCCAGCCAGCGAUAAUAUCCAAAAGCUUCUCGGAAAACGUGGAUUUCAGAAUCUGAAUCGAUGCAUGGUCGUAGUUCCCGUUGCGGGGACAAUCAUGAAAUCGUCAGAUACGUCCAGCUCUAGUCAUACAACCGCCCCUACCAACUCGACUACACCAAUUGAUUCCUUCCCUCCACCGUCGGCAUCUACCAUUCCUGGGAGCCAUAGCCAUACACGGCCUCCUUCUGAUGUGAACGUCUCCCUUGGCGAUCUGCUUUCAGAUCCAUCGCCCUCAGAAUCCAACGAUGAAUGUAUCGCAAGGAUGGUUGCCAAAGUUGGCCGUUGGUGGUACACUAGGUGCUAUGAAGCACCAGUCCUGCCAGAAGGUAAUAUCGACAACAGCAUUUGGGCUGAUCGGCGGCUUUUGCGCGAGUGUCAAAGACGCGGCACUGGCUUCAAGUUGUUGAUCGCCUAUGCACAAAAGCCAAGUGAAGUGACACGAAGGACGGUGAGCGUGUGA